UCUCCGCAUCGAGCUUGCGUGUCAAGUCCUGACUGACGGCGGUUUUCAUGUGAGUGCACACGUGAAACUAGGGACUGCCACUGAAAAUGAAUCCAUCAACAUUCUUCUAGGAACGCCCGGAGAAGACGAAAAGACCAGGAGAGUUAUGGCUGGAAAUACUUCGUGCGUUAAGGUGCCAGAGGUGCGUGAGGAUUCUUGUGCAUGCCGAAACUACAACCUCACAACUACUGAACCAUUAGUCGAUUUGCCACCCAAGCUACCAGAUAUUACCAAGUUCGACUUCACGAAAUGCAUGCCGGGGUGGACCUGUGACCCGGUGAUUCCGCAUUGCGCACCAUGCCCUCCGAAUGAAACCACUACCGGAGCGCCACUGACUACUAUUGGAACGCAACAGACCGCUACUAGAACGCCACAUAUUGCUACUGGAACACCACAGACCGCAACUAGAACUCCACAUAUUGCUACUGGAACACCACAGAUUGCUACUGGAACACCACAGACCGCUACUAGAACUCCACAUAUUGCUACUGGAACGCCACAGAUUGCUACUGGAUCGACACAGACACCUGUCACCGUAAAUGUGACCAUCCAGCCACGCUGCACCACAGCGGGCUGUCCUUGGUUAUUGCUUCUGCCUCUGUUGCUGAUCUUCCUGAUCGCAGCCAUCGUGUACCGAAUUUGGCAACUUUACCACCACAAGGAAAACAGCAUUGCCGAAUCUUCCAACGACCCGCCAACUUCACCAAUAUGUAAUUACAAAAUCCGUUUCGAUGAAAAGGCCAGUGAACCACACAAAGAUCCAGCCGAAUUACCUGCACUCGCCCAUAAUAACCCAGUAUACGAAAAUGUGAACGAGGCUGAGCUGGCUGAUCCUAUGGAGGAAGUGCUCCCGACUAGUCGUGAGGGAGUCGGCGCAACCACCAAAGAUGAAUCUAUAUGGACUUGGAGCGCGACCAAAGAGGCCUUCAAACUCGAGUUCGAGGUUGACCAAAACGAUGAGCCACCUGAGGAAAAGACUAAAGAUAAGAGUAGUAAAAGACGCCGUAAAAAGGUCACUAGCACGAAGGGGGAUGCUGCAAAAUAGGCGGAACCAUAUUUUUAAAAAGUGACCUUUAAAAAGAUACAAUGUGAGUUAAUCGACUAGGUUCUCAUUUACUAUUCGUUCAAUUAAUGUUUGUAUACUGUUUGUUUUCCGUUUUUUCUAAACAAAAAAUUAAUGCAUUUGGACCGUUGGAAAGACAACGUCAAAAUCGGUUUAUUUUAAUUUCUUCUUUCACCACAAAAAAAGUUGCCUUUAAAAAGAUAACAAUAUGAGUUAAUAAUCGAUUGUGUUCUCAUUUACUGAUCCAUCCAUUAUAUAUACGUCAUCAUUUACUAAUCCUUCAAUUAUUUACUUUCCAUAGGUUUACAGAAAACUUCUGCAGACUACAUUUUUGCACUUUAGUGUUGGUACAUGUAGGUUUUGAUAACACAAAUGUUGAAAUUAUGAAAAACUGGAGGCCGUUUUAUGUGGUUUGAGCGAUACAAUUUCACAUUGUCGAAAAGGAGGUGAAAAUAAAUGUGCAGUAGUGCUAUCCUACAAGACACAUUUUUAUUUUAAUUUAACAAUAAUGUCGCUUACCUUGAGUAAAAUUGUACCAACGUUUUGGAGGACUUUGCCCAACGGUGAAGCCAUUGAUAUUUACACCUAAGAAGGGCGAAACCAUUAAUGAAUACUUGUUCAUUUUGUAGAAAGUUAGACGAGGUCAUAGCCAUUCUGUUUCCGGCUCAAUAAGCUGCACCUUUCUUGGUAUAUAAGAUCCUUAAAACUGACGAGAUUCAUAUCAAUUUAUUAUGCGUCAUUGUAUAUAGCAUGCAUGGGGACGCCCAUUAAUUUCAUUUUUUUCAAGUAUUUUUCACUUUAAUUCUCAUUCAAUUCGCCAAACCUCUCAUGUGCUUUAUGCCGCGUGUUCAAACAAUCCGAAACUUGGAUUUUACUUUAUCCUUACGUAGACACUUAACCCAUUUAAAGGUAAUAUUUUAAACCAAUCCAAUUAGUAUUUCAGCUCUUCAUGUAUACUUUGCUAUUUCUUUUCAUACACUGUGCUUGACUAUAUGUUUUUCCAUUUUGCAUCCGUAUUGGUUUUUACAAUCAUGUAAUUCGUUUAUUAUUCUUUUAUAAUAAACAUAGGCCUACACCCUUACUUGUGUUUUAGCUCUGAUCUCCUUCAAUCCGGAAAGAGGCUAAAAUUGCCCCUUUUCGACCAGAUCAUUGCUAAAUGAAUAAAUGUUGAUUAUAUUAUCUUUAAGAGAUUAAAAGUAUUGUGCACGUUUUUUUUUUUCUCGGCCAAUCUACUUAGCUGAAACUUAAACAGGUUACUUGUUAUUCAAUCUUCUUAUACGCUUUUGAGCAAUAUUGUUGCUUCAACUCAUAACGAGCGUAAGUUUGCACACCACAAGUCGGCAAAAACUGAGAUUUAGAACCACCUGUAUACAAUAAGGAAAGCUGGCUUUCAUAAAAUUCAUUCCUUUGCCGUGUUUGGACCAGAGUUUCUGAGUAACUUGCUUUCUAAUUGGCUGUAAUUGGCCUUGUGUGACGCGUUAUUGCCAGUUAACCUAAAGAAAAGCCCCCCCUACAAACCAUUAUGCCACAAGCCUACUGCACAAAUUUAAGCUUUACAUAAUGUAUUUGCGCACUGCGUCAUAGUUUCACAUCUCGCUACUUACUGCAAUUUUAUCCAGGAUAGGAGUGGUAUCGCGUUCUGCGGAAGUGUAAGAAACAAUAUGUGUGUAUCUUUAAUGUUUGUAUUAUGUACCACACAGACAACGUGUACGCUGCAUCGAGUAGACACGACUUGAAAUACGUAUGUAUGGUAUUUUUUGUUGGGUCAGUUAUUUUCUUAUUUCUAUGCGUAAAAUAAAAUCGUGCACUUUUGUUAUGAACAAAAUA